AUUUUGAAACACAAGAAAACCAAAUCCUCUUCUCCCAAAUACAUCCACACAUUCGAUUACCGUUAUCUUAUCCCUCAGAUAAGAGGCAAUCAUUCUCCUCCCAAUCCUUUCCCACUCUCUUCCUAAAACCAAAAACAUCACAUUUUCAUUUCAUUUCCACACCCCACUACUUUCUUCUCUCACCCUCCUUCUUCAUCUUCUUCCCACGCCAACAAUGGCGUCUCUACAACACACCACAGCUUCACUCCAUUCCAAACCCAUCCCCAAAAUCACAAACAUCCUCACCCAAAAACCCAUCCUCAACUUCUCCCUUUCCAGCACCACAACCUUCACUUCCCCCAAACUCAAAUUCUCCAUAACCAAAACCCGCCGCACCACCGGCGGAGGAGGAGUACUCGGUUCCACAAUGUCAUCCCCAGCUGCCGGCAGCUACGCAACCGCAUUAGCCGAAUUAGCUCUAUCAAACAACACCCUCGAUGCCACAACUGCAGAUAUCGACAAAAUCUAUGAACUUUUUUCUGACCGCCAGGUGCUUGAUUAUUUUUCCAGCCCAGUUAUCGACGAUGCCGCGAAACGUAACUUAAUUGCUGAGUUUGCUACUUCAUCUGGGUUUCAACCACACACACAUAACUUCCUUAACAUUUUGAUUGAGUCUAAGAGGAUCGAUAUCAUCACUGACAUUGUUAAGGAAUUUGAACUUGUUUACAAUAAGAUAACUGAUACUGAGCUUGUGGUUGUUACUUCAGUUGUGAAGUUGGAGUCUGAGAAUUUGGCGCAGAUUGCGAAACAGGUUCAGAAGCUUACUGGGGCUAAGAAUGUGAGGAUUAAGACGGUUCUUGAUUCGAGUUUGGUGGCUGGUUUUACUAUCAGGUAUGGAAAUUCUGGGUCUAAGUUUAUUGAUAUGAGUGUUAAGAAGAAACUUGAGGAAAUUGCUGCUCAACUUGAUUUGGGCGAUAUCAAACUCGCGGUAUGAGCAAGCAUUCUUCGUGCUCGCUUCAAUUUGGUUCAUCAUUCGAAUCAGAACUAUUUUUUUUUGUGUUAUAAGUAUAUUAUGUAUGUAUGAAUGAGAAUGAAUCUUUAAGUGUGCACAAUCUUCUUACAAUAAUAUUGGCUCUCAUGCUUUUUAAA